GCAGUCAAGACAUUUUUUGACAGUCCUUGGUCAAGACCAUCAGAGUUCUAGUGUGGGCAAAUGAGGACGCCACUUUCCUGAUGAAUUUAUGAAGAGGCUCAAGACAAAUGUGGACACGCGGUUUUCAAAGGUAACUGAGGUCUGUACGGACAAUUUAUUACUUAUAUAUUUCUUGUACUUGACAACUGUUUAUGUAUUCAUAAACACAGUAAUAUGACAGUACUGGAGAAUGAUGAAAAUAAGGUGUCUGCGUCGAAGAGUAAUGAUCAAUUGGCAAAGAAUUUUGAAGGAGGUUUAAAGAACUCUGACAUGGAUAGCAACGACAAAAAAGUAAAAAAAAGCAAAAAACGAAAGGCUACAAAACCUAUCGAUGAUAUUCCUGAGAAUGAAAAUGAAUCGAUUGUUACAACUAAUGAAAAUAAUAUUUCACAAGAAUCUUCCAAGAAAAAGAAACUCGAGAUCGUUAAUCCAGAAGAAAAUGAUGAAGACUCUACUAAUGACGAAGUUGGUAACUCACAAAAGUUCACCGAUACAGAAGCCAGACAGAUUACUGGGAAGUCUUUGAGAGCCAGUUUUAACUCAGCAGAUGGCUUAGCCGUUCUGAAGAAGUUUGUGACAAUUUGUAAUGAAAACAAGAAGCUUGACUUGGCGGUACAAUAUUUGGAUGCAGGUGGAAGUCCCUUGGAAAUUCUCAGGCUAUUGGAAACGACGGAUAAAAAAAAUAUUAACAAUGCCACUGUAGUUUUUUCAGCGCUGGAAAUUGUAAUAAUUGAGAUACUCGCGAAAUAUCCUCACUAUCAUUCAAGUGCGGCAGAAGCCUGCCGGUAUUUGUUAAAUUCCCAUUUAUCGUCGAUACAUUCCAUGUUGUCUAGCCAGAGUAAUGCAAAACAAAGAAAAGUAGUAUUGAAAUUAUUGACUGCAGUUGUUACACUGGGUGGAAAUUUACCUCGUGAAUUACUCGGUCAUCUCUCUUUGCACUUUCAAGUCCUGGACACUCUCUCAAGGCAUACACAACCCACAGAUUCGCAGAGCGUUCGAACCAGUUUCAUCCAUUUCAUUUUGUCAUUUUUGAUCGAGGGCAAUGUAUCGGUGGUCAGAACAUUAUUAGAUAAACGAGGAGUCCUGUCCAGCAUAUUUCCAGAUCUGAUCUAUGACACACACCACUUAGUUAAUCUAGUUUUCACAACAGUGAAAACGUAUGUCCUAGAAAACCCAGGGAUCAGUAAGACUAUAAAACUCAGUACUUUCUCAACUCCAGUAAUUCAGAACAUAGUCUCAUUAUACAAUUGGAAAGGACCCAAAAACUGGCCCAAUAAACACCGAAAAAAACAAGCUGAAGAAAGUCCUGGGUACACAGAUCCUGAAGAGAAAAAAGUGGUCGUUGAAGUCGUUCACGAAUUUUUGUCAACGUUACUAACUUCCAAUAAGUUUGGAAUAAUUUUCCACGAUCGGUCACUUGGUACCUCGGGACAAAAAAACAAUCAGCUAGCCAACACGAUACUUCAGAGUUUAGAUCGACCUUGGGAACACACAAAACCGGCGGAUUUGGUUGUGAAGAUUCUUGUGGCAUGCCCAGAUCUGAUCAGAUCUCAACUUGUGUAUACCGAACCCUAUCUGACACCUGCAAUAUCUCAGAAGUGGAUACUGCUCAUGAAAUUUAUCCAACAGAUUGUUGAAUCACUAAAUCCAGAAGUAUGCCUCAAGCCAUGCUUAUCGGAAUUGACUACAUCAAAAUUAUUCUCUGUGGUGACAACUCUAACAGCAUCUCCGCUAAUUUUGAAAAAUGCUAUUGCUCCAGCUUUGAAUCAUGACUGUUUAUUGGUACGUCAUACUGCAACAGUUCUACUCGUAGUUAUGCUCAAGCAAUUGAAAAAUUUUAUGGACACUGUGAGACGUCAUAGCUUAGACGACAAUGAAACUUUGAAGCUUCAAAAAUAUGUUACCGAUUAUCUGCAAAAGAAUAUCCCUAGUUUGGAUACUCUUUUAAUUGCUUGGAAAAAAACGCUAUCGCCCAAUGAAGAGAUUGAGGAAGAAUCUGUUGCAAAAACUGCAGGAACGAUUAAUUUCCCAACUCUCAAAGAAAGUCUGACUGCAAUUUUAGAUUUACUUUUAAUUUAUCGAGACAUACGUCCUCAACUGUCGGAAACCAGUUUAAUAACAACUUCUAAUUCUACCUCGUUACUAACCGGAUUGAAUACAAUAAAAGAUAUAGAUGAAGAAGAACUUGGCACACUGAAAGUGAAAGCUUUACAAUUUUUACUAGAACUUGAUUCUUCAGCAUUCUCUCCAGAGAAGGAAUUAUUUGGUGAAACCAUACCAUUUUUAAUUGCUCUCCUCGAUGCUCGUAAAGGUCCUAUGCCAGUAAGUCGCCAAGCAAAAACUGCGUUGAAAGCGCUUCUGAAUAGCUGCGGGGUGUUUGAAGGUUGUAGUUAUCAGGUUGAUAUAUGGAUAAACAGUUGCUUGAAUUUUGAAAAUAUAGAAGAGAGAUUAGAAAUUUCUUAUUGGCUUGUUAAAAUUAUCCGAAAAACUGUUAAGCACGUAACAAAAUACGUUGAUCUUGUUAUCCAAGCUGAGGAAGUAGCUGGAGAACAUCUGUACAGUGAAACAAAAAUCGACGAUAUAUUUACAGACCUGAUGGAACGUGACAUAAAAAUAGAAGAAAAGAAGAUGACGAGAAUGUUACCUUCUGUAUCUAUAAGCGUAUUAUUGCCUGCAGCGAUUGAAAAUCUGCAAAGUGAUCAGAGUAAAUUGCUGCUUCAGUACAUGUCACGUGUAUUAGUUCAUACGUUGCAUUGUCAAAUUGCGCCACAUGCGUUGAUACAUUUAACAAAGGACCUAGAAGCGCUACCCGCGCUAUCUUAUUUAUCUAGCUGGAUACCUUCUCACGAACACAACAGUGUUAAGAAACCAUUUGGUUCAAAAAGCCUGAUUUAUAAAUUCAGCAAGGCCUUGCUGAACGAACGUAAAAUUGACUUGACUGAACUGUUUGAAGGAAACAGAAAAUUGUCAUUACAAAUUGGAGAUGAAGAAUUCAAUUUCGAAUAUUCAAUGCACCCCGACGAAGUCAUAGCGCUUUAUAGAUUAACUAUUUUUUAUUUUACACAACUACUGCAGGAAGAAAAAUUGACCAAAGAAAUGAAUUACAAUAUAAAAGUUGCGGUGAUAACUCUACUGCAUAUAGCAAAGGACAUUGAAUUUACCGAUGAAAGUUUAAACAUUUCUGAGGAAUGCUGCGACUGGACAUUAGCCCAUCCUGUGAUCUUGCAAAAUUUUUCGCCAUUGCAUAAAAAAAAAAACCUAGUUGAAAAACACUCUACGGAAAUGGUGGCUGACGUUUGUCGUAAGAUGAUCGAUUUGUUUGGAAAACAAAAAAUUUCCGAUCUCAUUGUUCCCUUCAAAGAGAAAUACAUGAGAAAAUUGAUGACUGCGGUGAAUAAGAGUCGGAAUGACGGAAAUGUAAAAGAUUCACCAACAGUUGUACGAUUUGUUGAAAUUCUACAAUUUAAUACUAGAGAUAUUAUCGAGGUAUUGACCGCUGUAACGGAACUGCCCUCGGACAAACUAGUUUCUACAGAUAAAAUUCAACUAUCGAUGUGGGGUUUACUAGUUCCAAAGUUAGUGGCUGCGACAGUUGGAGAAAUAGAAGAUAAUGAGCGCAGAAAAUCUUUAACGUUGGACAAAUCUUUGAUAGAAAAAAUUGGUGCUCAUAUGAUUCAACUAAUCAGUUUCAAGAACAAAAAUUUGGAUAUUUGGAUUGAUAGUCUCUUUGCACAUUUGAAAAGAUUCCCGCAUAAUAUCGCUGGAGUUGAUAGAAAUAUGCUCCUAUCGCUAAUUAAGGGAAAACAUAGCCUUUUGGCAACCGAAUUAGCAUCAUUUUUAAUAAGUAGGAAUAUAAAGUUCGUUUCUGUCUAUGUAAAAUAUGCUAUGUCCAAUGUCGAGGCUUUGAAAGACAGAGAUACCGUGUUCUCAAUCCUAUCAAGCAUGCUAGACAACGAAGCACAGCCACAGUUUUAUCCGAAACUGUACGAAUUAUACAAAGAAGAAAUAUUGGGCUGGUUUUCUGACCCGGAAACAGUAAAUCCGUCGAUCAAAAGAAACAUCAAAGCUGCGGUCAAAUUAAUCGAAACUGUUGUAGACGUAGAAACGUGUAACGAAAGGUGUGAUAUGAUCUUAUCAAAUGGGGACAAGUUAUUGAUGGUGGAUACAAGUUAUAUCGAAUUGCUACAAAGCAUUUUUACGAAAGCCGGAAAACUUGAAAUCAUUGGAAAUAAUCGUCUGGUGGAUUUUGCGCAAAUACUUAUUCACGUUACGGUAUCAGCCCUAAAAAAAGAUAGUAAAAAUAAUGAGAAGCACGAGAAAUUAUGUAAAAUUUUGCUCGAGACCAUAAGCCUGGUAGAUGUUAAAAAAAGUCACUCACAGUGCCACGAAAUACAAAAGAACCAUUCCUGGCCGCAGUUUACACGAUUUUCUCUAAAACUGGGCCUAAAAUCUUCCAAAGAUGAUAACAAUCAAGUCCUACUAUUGAGAACGUUAGUUAAACUUUGCGACAUUGUGUACGAGAAUAACAGCGACGACGAAUACGUUAAAACUUUGUUUGAAAUGACGACUUCUCAUUCUGAAUUUAUCAACACAAUGCUGGGCACAAGUUCCACUAAAAGAGAUUUGAUAGAGCUACUUUUGGUGCUAGUGAAAAAGAAUAAUUCUUUGAUGGCCUCUACGCAUGUAUCACUUUAUCUAGGAAGUUACAAUGCAACGCUGAACGAAACUGAUCAAUUAAUUUUACAGCUGCUGCAAUAUUACGAAAGUCACAACGUCAAACUAACAGACUAUCGCCCAUAUUUAUGGGGUAGCACGGCAGCUUCGCAUUACAGUGUAAAAAGUGGAGCAGAUACUGCUCUUUGGCGACAGCCGUCAACUUCCCAAGUCCUAGAUUUAUUUACACAAGAAAUGGUCAACAGCACUGUGAAAGAUUAUCCUGUAUCAAGGAAUUUGGUGAGCACAGAACUGCAUCCGUCGCAAUCAGCUUAUGAUCCAGCAUUUUAUUUGCCACUGUUGUGUUAUUUAUUAUCAGACAACAGCGUAGUUGCUUGUCACAAAAUCACUCAAAGCGGUGCACUUGCUUUAGUGUUGUCCGCUUGCGGAAGUACACAGAAACAGACUCGAAUUGCUGCUUUUACAGUUAUAUCAAGAUUCUACUACCACUUAGAAGCUACAAAUUCCAAAGAAAAAUUACUGUGGAUGCAUUUCAUCGACACUUUCCGGAAUGGAAUAUCUUCCUCAGAAUCAGAGCUGCAGGAAGUUGAACUUUCUUGUUUGGUAACGACGUUUAUGGCACGCACUUCACUGGUUGCGACGCAACCUUUAAACCCUUUGUAUUCACCGUUACAAAGAUUUUUGAUGGCAAAACCCGAAUUGAAUUUAACAACGAUACCGGAAUUCCUGCAGCUCUUUCAUAGCUCUGAGAUUGAUUAUAAAAUGCACAGAUUUUGGAUCUUAGAAGUUAUUCGUGACGGACUAAAGACCAAAGUGGAUACAAACGUGGCCUUCAGAUGUAUGAUAUUUAAAAUGCUAUUUGCCUUUUAUAACUGCGUUUUGGCCGAUAGGCAAACUAAGAAUCUUAUACUGCAAGUAAUAAAUUCUGCAGUGAAAAUUCCGAACGCUGCGUUACUACUUACAACUGGUUACGGUUUGCUACCUUGGCUCAACGAAGUAACUUACUCGUUAAAUGAAGAUGAUUUAGAUUUCAUAUCAAUUUUUAUAAACGUGAUAUGGAAUCUUUUUGAAUCGUUAAAAAAAUCUAAUAAAAAAUGCGAAGUAUUAGACUACAUGCUUUUAAGUACGAUGAUGAAUUUGAAAAUACAUUUAUCUAGAAAUACGGAUAUCGAAUCGUACAAAAACUACAUUGUUCUAUUAGAAAAAAUCGUAUCUACUAGACCAUCAGUUUUUUCGAAAAGUUUGUCAGUUAAUCACAUCCAAGAAUUGGUGCAACUUUCGAAAAUAAUCUUAGGAGAGGUCGACGAAUGCGAAGACCUCAUGCAAUUCGGAGCUAAGUUUUUUAUGAAAAACUUAAAUUCUGAUUGUCAAGAUGACGUGGCCGUGGCAAAAAACUCUCUCAGAAAAUUAAUAAUCUUGGUGUCUACAAAUAAAUGAAAUCUAACCAACUGAUGAUUUGUCCAGAGAAAAAAAAUUGAUUAUUUGUAUAUAACUUUGUAAAAAAUACAACAUGUGUAUAUUCAUUUCCUACAA